AUGAAAUGUUAUCAAGGUCAAGUUCCUAUGAUGCAAAUCAAUAAUGGGAAACUUAAGAAUAUCCCCAUAUCUAGUCUUCCAGUGGUGAUAGAUUCAUGGAAUGACUUCACCAAGAACGACAAUAGAGGUUCCUUCAAUUACAGUGUGGUUCCCAUCAUAUAUUCCAUCAGUACUUCAAUGGUAGUAACAGUGUUUUUGACAUUGUUUGUACUUACAAGUUAUACCAUCAAACCUUCACUUAUUCUAAAGGCCAGUACCAUUUUAUCAUCCAUAUUCAUCAUAAUGGUGGGGAUCAAGAGUAUGUAUGAUCUUCACGUUCAACAAGAGAGUGGUUUCCUUUUUGGGGCUGUGCUAUUGAAUUCCAUUAAUACUCCGAUAUAUCUUAGUGUGGUUGAUUUAGUAGUGGUAUUUCUUCUACAAAUAAACCAGGUCCAAGUGAUUAUGAGAUUGUUCUCCCGUCAAAACGAUAAACGUUUGACUUUGAUUGUAGGGCUUCUGGCAAGUCUUUCAUCACAAAUUAUUUGGGGGGUAUCUAAGUUUACUAAUUUCGGUGAUAUUUCCGAAGCUGGGGAUAUCAUCCCUACAUUUAUUUACUUAACAAGAACAUCGAUGGCAAUUUGUUAUGCUGCACUUAUUUCAGUAUUUCUAGUACUCAAGAUAAAUUAUAUCCUAGCCAACAAGCAAAUAUGGCUAUUAACCAUUUUGACCUUUAUAUUAAUUUAUGGACCGGUGGCAUUCUUCAUUUCUGAUGUGGCCAAUGCUUUCGUGUAUGAAUUAUCGGAGAUUUUCUCUGUAGCUACAUAUGUGGUUACAGUGGUGAUUCCAUGGGAAUGGUGUAAUAAAUUUAAUUUGAUAAUGAAAGCUAAAGAAAAGGAAGGUGUUUUGGGGAGAAGAUUUUAUGAGGAUGAAUUAUAUGAAUUAGAUGGAUUGGAAUUGUUUGUAGAAGAAUCGGAUGAUGAUAGAGAUCAUGGUACUAGAGAUCUAGAACAAUUACUUCCGAAUAACCAUAAUGAGGGUGAUGAUGGUAAUAAUCACGAUAAUGACGGAACGGCAAGGAAUGGAGCCGGAGGUUCCAACACCAGAAAGUUGAGAAGGUACAAACCUCUUAAACCAAAGAACACCAGUUUAGGUCUCCUCAAUACCUUCGAUAGAACUAAGCAAGCAUUUUUCGAUAUCACCGAUACUAUUAUUGCCACAGGUUUUGCUAUACCCAGAUCUGCCAGUAUUCCCAGUUCCCCAUUCAAGAAAAAUGAUGAAACCACUGAUCCUAAAACUACCGAUGCUAUAGUUGCGGAACAACAACAAAACCCUAACAGACAUAGAAGAGAUAUCUUCGUUUAUUCUACUAAACAAGUAGUUUUAGGAGAAGAUUAA